ACGUGGCUUUGACCGUCCCCCCACCGUCUGAUCUUCGCCUCCCAGCGCGCUCUUCUCCUCCUCCUCCUCUCUCUCUCGACCAUCCCUUCUCUCUCCCUCUCUCGCUCUCUCCCAUGCUCUCGCGUCCGUCCCAUUCGCAGGAACAACGGGACUCCUCCCAAACCCUAGCGAGCAUCCACGCCUCGAAGCUUCCGGAUAAUGUCCGCCCGCGUUGAGCGAAACCGUCGCGAGAGGCGCAGCAGGGAUCACGUACGCCCCGCCCGCCGCGAGCAUGAGGACGACGAUUAGGCGCAGCAGGGAUUGGGAUCGGUGCUGAGAAUACCCCCCCCCCUCGCAACCCCCGUCGAUUCGAUAGCGACGCUCUCCAGUUCCUUCUCGUGGUUCGUCCGAUCCUUAGCAUGUGCGAUUUGGUGGCGCGGACGGGUCGGCAUCAGCAGCGGUACGAGGCCGGUUGUCGCCUUGUCGCCGGGUGUAUUCCUUAUAGGUAUAGACAAUCUAUAGACUGUAGCAGUGACACCGAUGAAAAGAUUGUUGAGGUGCUCAUGAUCAAUUCAACUAGUGGACCAGGUCUUCUAUUUCCAAAGGGAGGCUGGGAGAACGAUGAAACUGUUGAGGAAGCCGCUGUGAGGGAAGCAAUUGAAGAAGCUGGUGUGAAAGGAGAUUUGAAGGAUCUUUUAGGGCAUUAUGACUUCAAGAGUAAAACUCACCAAGACGAGUUUUGUCCUGAAGGUUUAUGUAAGGCAGCAAUGUUUGCAUUGUUUGUAAGGGAGGAGCUUGAAUCAUGGCCAGAGCAAAGUAUCAGACAGAGGAGCUGGCUGACUAUUACUGAAGCUGUUGAGAGUUGUCGGCAUCCGUGGAUGAGAGAUGCACUCGUGCAGGGCUUCCUCAAUUGGCAUGCUGAGAAAAGCGAGGAAGUUUUCGAUUGAACCUGACUUCAUAAUUUACAAAAGUAGAGGCGCAUUAAAAUCAGCUUCUAACCCCGUGAAUCUGUUUGAAUUCCUUGGGCAAAUCUUUUGUUGUUGUUGCUGCUGCUGCCGCUUUAGAAGGUCUCUCUAUUUUAGGUCUGAUUCCAUCCCGUAGGUCUCUUCAUACUGAUCUCAGAUUACAUUUAUUCAGAGUCCAUUUAAAUAGCAUAUUGAUCAA